AUGACCGGCAUGGACUCGUACCACCGAUUUGUCGUCGAAUCCACCACUCCGUCGCCGACGCCGACACCCACGCCGACGCCGCCGCCACCGCCGCCGCCGCCGCCGCCGCCGCCGCCACCGUCACGAACAACAAAAGUCGACGCCACGGCGCGCCCGUACCACGGUCACUCCCGUUCCUUCAGCACACCUCGCCCUUGGGCGGUUGACCCGCCUUCUUCGGUUAGUUACAGCGGCACCGAAUCGCUAGGUCAGCCAAAGCUGCCAGAGAUCACCGUGACUAGUCCCGGAAGGACACAAACGGUCGCCCCGCGAUAUUCUCUCACCCCCCGACAGUCGUCAUCCAAUCCACCAGCAGCACGGAGGCCAGCUAUUCCAGCCGUAGGGUUGCCUCCGCCGAUACGGCAGCUUCCGCUGCCGCCGGCCCAGAGAACCAACCACCGCCCUCAACCAUCACAGUCAUCGAUACCACCACCGACAACAGCCUCCACCGACGACGCCCGAAAACGAGAUGGACUCAUCGACGUUGCCCUACCGUAUCGGCCGUUUUACCUGCAAAGAAGGGUUCUCGUCUCCUUUGCCCUCCUCUUUGCCGGACUUUUGGUCGCCGUCGAGGCUGUACUGGACUUGUCCGACAAAAGAGGAGGACUCGGCUCGCCUGACCACGGCUUCAGGUACGUGUGGCAGUAUGGCUCUGCCUUCAUCUUUACCUGCAUCGCCGCUCUCUGGUCGAGGCCCGAACACCAAGCCCGGUCAAGCGCGCCGUGGCUCCGCAUGGCCAAGGGCCCUGCGAGCGUCGACCGGACCUUGAUGCUCGACUACGUCUGCGUGUUCGAACCCUUGGCCAUCGUUAAGGCGGUCAAGAACCGAGACUGGCUCGUUGCGGCGACAGUCACCGUUGGCUUAACGCUGAAGCUCAUCGUUGUCAUCGCCGUCGCCCUGGUCAGCCCGACGUUUCAGAUUGUCACGGUUCGGGGGACCGGCUUGGACCUGGACAACAAGUUUGUGAACGACCCUACCGGCUUACAGAAUCCCGGGUCACUGCCCUUCUUCACCAUGGCUGCCUUGCAGACGAAAGGUCUGAACUUUCCCGACGGCACCUCGAAGCGGUUUGCCUUCCAGCUUUUCUCGGCAGAUUUGCCCACCACCGCCGAGCUGCAGACCAAUGUGGACGGCUUCGGAUCCGACAUCGAUUGCGAGCCUGCCCAACUCAACCUGACCGGAAUACAGUUCGUCCAGGCGACGGACGUUCAGCUCAAUGUCACCGUGUCGACCCCUACCUGCCUCAUGAACCAGACGAUACCGAACAUGGCUCUCGUUGGCGCGACGCUGCCCACGUUUUUUAUGACCUUCCAGCCAGGCUUUUGCGGAAAUUCGCCCUCGCCCUCGCCCAACGAUGGACGGGUUGUCGUCAUGACCGGCGCGAUCGCUAUUGACCAGUCCUCCGUCCCCAGCCAGGGCGGCGUCUCCAACGUUCCCAUUUCAGGUACCGUCACGAGAUCGGCGGCUCUCAUCUGCCGCCCCUCGUACUUCCUGACCAGGGUCCAUGUUACCAAGAAUAACACUCAGCUUAUCAGCAUCGAACGGAACCCCUCGGCCAAUAACAAGACGCUCGACAAGGUUCACCCGUGGGAUAUUGCACAAGGGCACUUCGGCUCCUACCCGACCGAUUCGCAGAUUCUCGGCGCCAUCCCCAACGUCAACAGCCGGUACCCCGGCGUCGCGAACGUUUCGUCCAACCCAGUCAUGAACGCGGCCGUUGCCAUGGAGGUCAAAGAUCACGGCGUGCCUCCGAUUGAAACGUUCCUGAAAACCGAGAACCUGACGGCGAUAUCCACGGCGUACUGGCGUCAAUACACUGCGCUUGUCGCGCGCAACGCGUUGAUGGGGGAGACGCAGGAAAAGUCCACCGGCACGGCUGUCAUCAUCGGCGAGCGCCUCAACGUCCGCCCGAUUCCUGCUCACUUACUGUCUGGGCUUCUCGGCUUCGUUAUCGUCCUUGUCCUAGCUGCGGUCGCCUUCGCGCCGGCAAAGGGCUUUCUCCCUCGCGAUCCGAACUCCAUCAUCAACAUGGCCACUCUGCUUGCCCAUAGCCGCCAGCUUCUCCAGUGUCUGCGCGGCACAGGCGCCGCCAAUAUAUCUAGCAUUCGUGAAAGGCUUCUGGGAACGGACUACUACGCCGGAGUCGAACCAUACGAAAAGGCGGAGAAGUCUGCGCAGGGGUACUUCAAGAUCUUUGGCGGCGCACCUCCCUCGCAGAAUGCACCGCCCGAGUUUGUGCGGAACGCCGACUGGAGGCACCCGCCGCCGCUGCAUCCCUGGGCGCGACUCGCUGCAGUAGUCGUAAUGUUUGGCAUGGUCAUCUCCCUCGAGGUGGUCCUGCGCGUGUCCGAUGUCAACAGCGGCAUCGCCACCGUCAAGGCCAAUACCGACAGACACUUUCUGUGGACUACCGGGACCGGAGUCAUCUUUGGCUUGGUAGUACUCUACCUCGCCACCGCAGACUGCGCAACGCGCUGUCUGGCCCCUUACGCCAAGCUCAAAGAAGGCGGUUCCUUUGAGACAACGGUCGGCCUCGACUUUAUGGACAAGUCGAAGUUCAGGAUUCUCUACGACGCCUUCAGGACGAAAAAUAUCGCCGUCGUCUUCACCACGACGGCGCUACUUGUAUCAUCACUUCUCGCGACCUUCUCAGGCGCGUUGUACAGUACGACGCCGAUACCCUCCACGCGUCCGGUCACCCUUCAGAUCACCGAUAGUUUCACAAACGCCUCCUCGCCGUGCCCGACCUGCAUCACCGACACGCUCCUAGCCUCUCUGGUACUCGACGCUAACCUGACGUUUCCCUCCUUUACGUUUGAGGACCUGAACUUCAACAGCCUCCGGCUCACGGAGCAGCUCGACAUGCAGGACGGCGCCGCGGCCAUCAUCGUCACGCUGCCCGCUAUCCGCUCGCGGCUCGACUGCAGGCUCUACCCACAGUCCGAGAUCAACACCAACUUCACUCUCACGAACUGGACGAACCAGUCCAUGGAGGAGGAGAUGCAGGUUCGAAUCACCGGCGAGCCAUGCUUAGAUCCUUCAAUCAGGUCCAACGCAUUGUCGCCGUCUAGCGGGUCGUCUUCCUCCGUCUUUGGUGUCGCCACUCCGCGAUCCGCUGCGUCGACUCAGUGCUCCGACUUCACAUACGUCUGGGGCCAGCUCAACGAAAAUGCUCCGGCUCAAGUGGGUUAUAUCUCGGCGAUGGGCUGCAACGAGACGCUCGAGAGCGUCAUGGCCAAGGUCCGUCUCACGGGCCAAUCGUUGCGCAUCGACCCGACGUACCCGCCGGUUGUGCAAGAGAGCACGGCCAGGCCGGUGAACUUGGACCUCCUGCCACUCCAGUACGGCCUGCUCGCCAGCCUCUCAACGGGCAACCAGCUCGAUCCAUUCUUUAGCUCCCUCGUCGCGUCCCGCUUCGCUGUCCCCGCAAGCGAUCUUGGUGACCCGAGCCUCGGCAAGAGUGGUCUCGUCGCUGAUGCCAUCGUCCGGCAGCACGGCAUCAUCCGCGCGCAGAACAUCAACGUCAACUCCCGGCGCCGCCUCCCGGAUAUUUCUGCCCAGGCAACCAUCCCCGCUAUGCUCCAGUCCACCUCCGUCACCUCCUUACGGAGACUCGUGCAGGACAAGGCCUCGACGCGCAUCAUCCAGUCGGUACUGGUCCUGCUCAUUGUCCUCACGCUGGUAGCCUGGCUCCUCACGCCCGGCACCGACACGAUCCUGCCGCGGAACCCGUACAGCAUCGCCUCAGUGGCGGCGCUGCUCGUCGACGGCAACGUCUUUGGUUUCCUCGGACGGGGCGCCGAGUGGCAGGUGACGGACGAGAUGAAGAGGAGCUUCCUGGACGGCAGCCACUCCAUGGGGUUCAAGAUUGGAUACGAGCGUGUGAGGAAGCGGAGGGGCAUCGAAGACCUCAACGGGGUCAAGAACGACGGGAACGUGGCGUACGGGAUUAACGUCAAGCGUGGCGGCGGAUGGGGAGGCGGAGAGGAUGUUGGCCUCGGGAUUUUAGCGCGCGUGAACCGGGCGCAGAGGCAAUUCGUCAGGGGAUGGGGUAAGAUGUGA